CAGAGUCACAAACCCUGAGGAACCCGGGCUGCAGGGUCUGAGAGCUGGGUGCUGAGACCUCCUCUGCAAGUCUAGGGGUCUGUCCCAGCCGGAUGCCCCAGCCAUGGGCAGAGCCCCGAUGCCACAGCAUGACGCCAGGGAAAGGGAGCUCCCACCUCAGGGCCCCCUCUGGAGAGCAGGGGGUCCUGCCACGCUGAGGGUCCUGAUCCUCGCCCUGCUCUGGAGGGGGUCCCUGUCACUGGAGUCUGAUUAUUCCCUCAUGGUGCCGCAGUCGGUGUCGGUACAGGAGGGUCUCUGCGUUCUCGUCCCCUGCACCUUCGCGUACCCAGCCUCGUACGACACCAACAAUCCCUCAACCGAGAUAAACGGACACUGGUACAACGAGACUGCUAAGGUGGGUGAGGAUAGUCCUGUGGCCAGCAGUCUCUCCAGUGUGAAUGCGUCAAAGGAGACCCAGGGCCGGUUCCAGCUGAUGGGGAAUCCAGUGCGCGGCGACUGCUCCCUCCUAAUCAGUGAUGCCCGACGGACGGAUGCGGGGAGAUAUGUCUUUAGCAUCGAUACGGCGACUUUUGAUCACACUUACCGCUCCAAUUCCGAUGGCACUAAUCCUGUGCUAACGAUCUCCGUGACAGGGCUGACGGAGAAGCCAGAGAUCCAGAUCUCACCGGCGCGGGGGCUGCCAGGGACGCUGCUGGCCAGGGAGCAGGUGACGGUGACCUGCACGGCCCCUGGGCGCUGCUCCGGGCCCCCUCCCCGAGUCACCUGGACGGGGCCGUUCAGCGACACAGCCCGGGACGUCUCAGCCCAGCUGGGGAACGGCACCUGGGCCCACAGCUCCGCGCUCAGCUUCACGCCCGGCCCGGGGGACCACGGCAAAGAGCUCGUCUGCAGCGUCACCUACAGGCCACCACGGGGACCUUCCACCCACAGAACCGUCCAGCUCCACAUCGGCUACCCGCCCGGGCCCCCCAACAUCACCGGGACCCUGACCAGCAACAGACGCCCCGACUCGACCGGGCCCCCCAACAUCGCUGGGACCAGCAACAGAAGCCCCGGUUUGGAGAUCGGGAUCGCCUGUGGCCUGGUGGUCCUCAUUGGCGUCUUCCUUCUCUGGCUCUAUAUGAUCAAACUGCGGGGCAGGGAGCCGGCGCCCCCCAGCGCCGAGGCAGGGGAGACGGCUAACGGGAGCCAGGUGGAGCACACAGCCAACGAGGCCAGCGUGAUCUACAGCACCGUCACCAGGAUCCCCAUGCAUCACAAGACUCCAGCCGCCCGCCGGACCAAAGGCAUCCACGACAAUGCUGCAGCAGCACAGGGCCCGCUAGGCCCCGGGAAGCCGGAAGAGCUGCACUACGCCUCCGUCGAGUUCUCCAAACUGCAGCGCAAAGGCGGGGAGCCUUCAGAGGCCCCAGACACAGAAUAUUCCGAGGUCCGGCGCAAAUAGCCCUCUCGUGCCAUGGGCCCAGGCUGGGCAUCUCCAGCCCAUACAGUUAAGGGGGGGUCACAGUGUGGAGGGAAAGGGGAAAAGGUCAGCCCAGGGCUGGACCUGCGAUGUGGGAAACCUGGGUGCAAAUCCCUGCUCUGGCCUGGACUCAGGGCGGAGUCAACUAGGCCUUGGAAAUGCUGGAGCACUGCAUUGAGGAGAGGUAUCCCAGAGUCCUCUGCAACCGGGUCUCAAAUCCUGCCCCUUCCCAAACCGCACUGCCCCCGGGGGAAAGAGCCUCUCACCCCUCAGCCACAGAGAGUCUCUCUUCUACCCUGCCUGAGUCCUCAACAACUUGUUUCACAGAUGGACAGGAUUUUUCAACCUCAAGGGUAUCAGCUGGUGGGAGUGGAGGGAUAGUUUUGUGUCUAAGCUGCUGGCUGGAUACUCUGGGUUCUAAUCUCUGCUUUGCUAAAAAUGCUGUAGGGUGAGGUUGGGAGAAGUUGCUACAUUUGUCUAGUCUCAGUUUCCUUACCCCAUAAAUCAGGAUAAUAAUGGUGCCCUGGGCUACUUACAUUAUAAACUCUUAGCAGCAGGGAUGGUCUCUCGCUGUGUCUAAGCAGCGCCUGGCACAACAGGGUCCUGGUAUCUGUCAAGGUCAAUCAGUGCCACGUGAUUAUAACUUCUUAAUAACAAUGUUCUAUUAAA